AUGAGUGACCAGAGUUCUACCAAAGCCUUGCCAUUUUUCUCCAAGAUGCAGAUGGCUAACUUGGCUGAUGCAGACGUGUCUGAGGAGGAUAAGAUCAGAGUGAUGAUAAAUCAGUCGUCUCUGCACUUGAACACGAAGCAUGGUACUGUCCUUCCAGAGAACUACACCUGUUAUCGCUGUGGAAAUACAGGUCACCACAUCAGGAACUGUCCAACCAGUGGGGAUAAAAACUUUGAGGGUCCUCCGAAGAUAAAGAAAAGCACAGGAAUCCCACGCUCCUUCAUGGUUGAAGUGGACGAUCCCAACAUUAAAGGAGUCAUGUUGACCAACUCUGGGCGCUACGCGAUUCCUGCCAUUGAUGCUGAGGCGUAUGCUGUUGGCAAGAAGGAGAAGCCUCCCUUCAUCGCUCAAGAGAAACAUAAAACUGAGUGUGAGGAGGAGCCCAUCCCAGAUGAACUCGUCUGCCUGAUUUGUCAUGACCUGCUGAGUGARGCUGUGGUCAUACCCUGCUGUGGAAAAAGCUACUGUGAUGAUUGUAUCCGCUCAGCCUUGUUGGAUUCAGAGGAGCARGUCUGCCCCACAUGUGGCUUAUCGGAUGUCUCCCCUGAUGCGUUGGUCGCCAAUAAAUUUCUCAGACAGGCUGUUAAUAAUUUUAAAAAAGAACGAGGCGGGACCAAAAAGGUGGGGACAAGCAGCCUCACCUCCAACUCCAAGACUUUAACUCCAGCACCAACUCCUGUUCCUACUCCACCUCCUGUUAGUGUGCAGAUCCAGCUCAACAAGCCCCUCAAGUCCCCCUGCAGCCAGAAGGACGCUCUUCUGAGUCAUCCAAAAGCUGCAAAACCAACCUCUGUAACUAAAGGCCCUGAUGUUCCCCAUGAAGCAACUAACCCUGCCUCUGCUGAGAACUCAUCCAACCCAUCUCCACAGCUCGUGGAAAGCCAAGCUUUGAUAUCUAACAACGAGGAUGAAGAAAAAACAGGCGAUGACUUGGCAGCCGUGGCUCCGUUUCUGGCUGUUUCUGACAAAGAUKCCAAAGAUGCUCCAAAACAGCUGGAACCACAGGUUAACAGCAKUGAAGAGGGAGAACCGAUUCAGACGGUCUGUGUGAAUCAGAGAAACUCUUCCUCAGAUUCAGCUUUAGGACUGUCUUUUUCCUCCAACUCCUGGGAGAGCACCUGCUCCUCCUCUGCUCCUACUCCCYGAGGCUCGACUGAACCUAGCACCGAGCAGCAUCACACCCCCUCUUCAUCCUUCUCUUCGUAUUCAGCCACACCUUCGCCUCUUUUUUCCUCCCCUCCUCUUCACACUUUUGUCUCAACUCCCCAGCCUCACGGCAGUUAUCCUCCUGGAUACCCACAAACCACACCCACCUGGAAGCUUCCAGCCCUCAGAGGUGCCCCAAUCCCCUCCCUCUGCCCCCCAACCUGCACAUCCUCAGUCCCUAGCCUAAUUCCCAAGGAGUGGUACAGGUGUGAGGAAAAGAAAAGAGAGAGGUCACCUCACAGACCCUCCACUUCUCUUUCAAAGUCCAAGUCUUCCCGCUCCUACUCGCGAUCAUCCAGUCGCUCUGCUUCUCGCUCUCGCUCCCGCUCCAGAUCGAGGCCUCGUUCUCCUCCUGUCAGUCACAGAAACUUUCAGUCCCUCUCCAAUCCUUCCUGUUCUUACGGUUACAAACGGCCUAGCUCGCAUACAUCAUCCUCAUCACCGCGAGGUGGUCACUCCCGGUCCGAGUCGCACCAUCGCAAGAGCCGCAAUCAUAGCAAGAGGUCGUCUUCAAGCAGGCACAGCUCAAAGAGACUGAAAGAAGCUGGACCCUCAUCGAAUACAGCUGAUACAAGCAGUCUGGAAUUGGAGCGACAACGCUACCUGCAGUGGAAGGAGGAAUUCAAAGAAUGGUAUGACAAAUUCUGCAACUUGAUCAUUCAAUUCCAACAAAUGCCUCUUCCUCCUUCUCCGCCACCUCUGUAUCACCAAGACUCUCCCUGCCCACCACAAAAUAGAGGCGCAUCCAGCCCGCCUUCAUCAGAGACCUCCAGUUAUAGUCGCUCCCCUCCCUCUCAGUCCUCAAGUGACACACACUCCACAGCAUCUCACCCCUCCGUUGACAGCUGUUCAUCAAAUAAAGCUAACCACAGAUACUCCUCACCCUCUCAGUCGUCCAAUGACAGUCACUCCACUCCUUCAGAAACCCGACCUCAGCCCAAGGAAUUUUCAGAAAGUUGCACGGAAAAACUCAGGCCAGGUGAAGUGACAAAGAGUAGCAUGGAGGCAAAUUCACAAGACAUAACAAUAGACCCCAGUCAACAAAUAUUAAAGGAUGUUGAGGACUCCAGCUACUCAAAUCAUGAGCAAAAGAAGAAAAAUGAAGGAGGAAGAGCAGAGGCUUCGAAUUUUUUAGACCCUAAAAGUGACCACAGACACGAUAAGAGGUGCAACGCUGAACCAAAUGCCUCCGAAGAGGGUCACCCAGGACCACGCAAAGCAUCAGAAUCAGUCCAGUUACCUCUGAAAAUGGAUAAACAUUUAGAUACACAGAGUGGAAGAAAAGAUAAAGUGGAAAGUCAUUUGAAAAAGAAACAAAGCAGGAGGAUAAGUCAAGAUUUGGAGUCUAGACAAGACAUGGAGAGAAAUGCCAAAGUAAAUACCAGUAUGGGUCCAGACUGGGUUGCUACAGAAAGAAAACAACCUGGAAGCAGCCAAGCUCCAGACUUAAUAUCAGAGGUGACCAGAAAAAGAAAAAGGGGUGAAACGAAUAAAAAUGAGAGAAAAGGUAAUCUUACCGUUAAACCUCAAAGCAGCAAAGGCCCAAAAACUAAACCUGCAGAGCCUCAAAGCCAUGACAGUAAAUGCCUAAAGCUAUCUGACAGAAAAAAGCAAAAACCAGAAAAAGAAGAGAGUAAAACUUUGCUUCUGACUCCAAGGAACAUAUGGGAGGGAGGGAUGAAGAUGAUUCCUCAGAAAAAGAUAAGCAUCAACAUAAAUCUGGAUGGGAUAAGGAAGGAGGAGAAAACAAACUCUUCUACUGUAGAGAUUCAGACACAGGAAGCCAAAGAUCCGACCGAUGGUACAGAGGAGAAGUUAAACAAAGAUGAGACCAAAACUAAAACUGGUGAAAAGAAGGAAUCAAGCUUCGAAACUUUGACUAAAGAUAAAUCUGUCCUACACAUGGUGAAAGAGAUUUCUGACAACGUCACAUUCAGAGAUGAAUCGGAAAGAAAAGCAAAAGAAAAGCAAGAAGAUGAGAGAAAAGAAAAAGAGGAGGAUUUAGACCUCUGGCACUGUGCGCUCACAUGUGUGGAGGACUCAGACGAGAGCCUGAUGGGAACAGAAGCAGAACAAGUAAAAGACUUCAGGGACAAGAUGUUCCGCUUGUCAAAGACAGAAGAAAGCACACGAAGAGAACCCCGAGGUGAACCACGGAAGCAGGAGGAAGUUCCAUUGGGCUCCAGCUCGCAAAGAAACAAAACCCUUCACGUUGGACGAACCAGUGCAUCAAAAAACGACAGCAGCAGUACCUUGGAGAGGGGCAGCUGUGGAGUUGAAGAAAGUCGUCAGAAGAAGACUGUGAUAAAAACACAAGAAGGCUCACAGGACCGAGCUGAAGUCAAACUGAACCUACCUGCACAGGUGUCUCGCUCCAGGUGGGAGAAUGAUGGAAAACAGCAAACUGAGGUCUUUGACUCUGCAGCUGGACCUCUGCCGUCUGUGACAGUGACCAAUUGUGAAGUGACAAAAGACAAUGAACAACAGAGACAAAGGCGAGACAGGGACAGAGUGACAGAUAGAGGCAGAGAAAAGGAGAAAGAGAGACACUCCAUUUCCUUGCCCUCGGAUGUUGCUCCCCCUGGUGGCGGUGAGCGGAUUGACAGUUCGGCGUGUCCGAAGAGAGACAAGGAGACAAAAACCGAGAAGCCAAAGGAGCGAGAGAGAACAAGAGAGAGUGAGAAUCAAAAAGAGAAGGAAAGACUGAAGCAAGGAACAAGAGAGGAAGAGCGGAGGAGAGAGGAUGCUUUAAUGCAAAAGAGAAAUCUGCUCUCCUCUUCCUCGGUGUGGUACGACAAAGAGAGAAGAGACCGAAUGCGAGGGAGUGAGCAGGGCAGCAGCAUCAUGAGCUGGAAAACCUUCAAAGAAAGCAGAUAUCAGCACCAACCAGAUCACAGGCAUCCAGACCUGAUGGGCAAAAAGGAAAGUUACCACUUCCACCAUUACAACUAUCACCAGUCUUCAUCAGCCAACUACAGAGAGAGAAACAGACCUGACAGGACCCAACACUCCCCAUCUUCACCCUGCUACGAGGACAAAGACCUGCUCCUCUUGGAGUCCACUGAAAACUCUGAGAAAGGGUGUCCUGGUGGGGCGUUAAUGCAAAACAAAAGCAGAAAUGAGAGCAAGGCACAGAAAGGAGAGGAGAAAUCUGAAAAGACUCCCAAAACGCAGAAAGAUUGCAAAGGAGGGCGAGAAACUCCAGAGGCCGCCGACUGCCGAGGAAGAGGAGCGGGAGGUGGUGGGGGGAGUCGGAGGGAGGAGAAGGCUCGAAAAGUGGAGGAGAGGCGGAGGUCCAGCAGCGACAGCAUCCGCUCCUCAUCGAGCCACAAGAACGACCGAGACGACAGGAGAGAAGAAACGAAGGAGAAACAGAAGCAGCACAACAGGCUGCAGGAAGUCAACACAUAAAACUCUGCAGAAGCAGGUGGAAAGAUGAAGACGACAAAAGGCCUGCUCAGUUACAGUGUUGACUGUAACUGUAGUCAUGGUUUGGUUUUUCUUUUUUCAGACCAAAGUGUGCCUGGAUUUAUUACAUUGCCUUUUGUUUCGUUCUUCUUAACGUGCAUCAUCCAGAGUCCUGGCAAACAAAUUAUGAAGGAAAAGCACUUUAUAGAAAACAACAAUGUGAAACAAUCAACUGUACACACUGAGAUCUUCUGUGUGUAAUCUUAAGUUAGAGGAAUCUGCACACAUUUACGACUCGCUGACGAUUGUCAGUCUUAGUUUGUUUUCCCUGAAGCUGCCGCUCGGCUGAAGGAAAUCUGCUCCUCUGACAUGAAAUCAGUCUAAGAGUUCGAUUUUCCUCACGGGAGCGCAGAUCGAUGAUCAAUACAAAGAAACUGAUUUAUUCUAAACUAAUACUGUGAAUAUUUAUCAUUUCCUCCUCCUGUGUGUUUAUUUUCUAUUGUGUAAAUAUUUAAUUUAAAAACAGCAGUAAUGGAUAAAUAAGUUGCCAAAGGAAUGUAAUYGUUCCUGUUUUUGGGGGAAAUAAAAAGGAACUAUUAUACAGUG